AUGUCUCACUCAGCUGCCCAAUCAUCCGUCGGCAAGGGCGCCUUCUACGAAGCUGGCGACCAGCGCAACGUGCCCCAGUCCGUCCUCAACGAGCAGCAAAAGUACGAGCAGGGCGAAAAGGGGAGCCAUUCUACCCUUGACUCGAAGGACCAACGCUCCAUCGCAAACCGACUCGGCGCCCAGAGCAAAGAGUCUGACCCCUCACACCACCACAACCGGGAUAUCCAGCCCGAGGCAGAACUUAGCAAGCAGGAUCCUGAGAAGCCGGCUAAGCUUCACGGAAACGAGCCAUCAAAAGGAGCGAAGAUUGACAAGGAGCUGCAAGAAGAUGAUGAGCUGCGGUUGAAGCAGAAGGGGAUUCAUAAAUAG